CCACUUCACAGACAAACAAAGUGAAGGUAUAUAAAGUCUGUGUUUCCAUCUCUGAGACAUCCUGUGACCAGAAACUGCUGCUGGAACAGACUCUUCAACUAACCAUCAGAACAAGAUGGCUGCCGGUCUUCUCUUCUCUCUGCUUCUUGGUCUGAGCUUUGGACUCUGGGAUGGAGCUGAUGCCGGAUGUCAACUGAAAGAUCCCACAGCAUUUGACUGCCCUGCAGGUUGGAGUUGGUUCGACCGUCGCUGUUUUGUGGUUGUAACUUUUCAAAAAUCCUGGGCUGCAGCAGAGAAACAUUGCCAGCAUUUGGAUUCACAUCUGGCCUCAUUCCACAAUAUAGACGAGUACAACUUCAUCAGACAGCUUAUCUUCAAAACAACUCAAGCACACACAAGAACCUGGCUUGGCGGUUAUGAUUCACCAGGGGAAGGCAUCUGGUUUUGGAGUGAUGGCUCCAGGCUUACUUUUACCAACUGGGCAGCCGGUGAGCCAAACAAUGGUGGUGACAAAGAACACUGCAUGGACAUGAAUGUACAAGGACGAGACUUUGUGAACGAUGAUGUCUGUUCCAAGCAGCUUCCCUUCGUAUGUGUUCUGCAGCUCUAACCUUUCUCUUCUGAUGCCUAAUAAUCUGAACCGUAUGGCUUUCCUGCUGGUGAUGUCACUUCCACCUGGAUGUCAAGCCUCGAUGAUCACUGCUGGAAGAACCUGAUUUCACUUGAUUUAUCACUUAAAUAAAUUUUUUUCUUUCUCUGAAAUCUGAUUGAUUUAAUUAUAAGAUUUAAAAGGUGUCAGGAUUCUAAUUAAGCAUCAGCUAUAAACUAAUUGGUAAUAUUUCCAAAUCUCUGUUACAAAUUUGUACUGAAAAUCAUCAGAAUAUCAGUGCAUUAGUAAAGUAAUAAAAAUCUAUAAAAUAUGAAGUUUUCACAAACACUGAAUCACAUGUUUUGAACAAAUUCACUAGUGUCACAAAUAUUUUACACCUUAUGAAACCUUGUAAAAAUGUUUGUCAUCAUGCUGUAUGCUGAUGACCUGGCUCUUCUCUCACCCAGCAGUGCUGGUUUUCAGCAGUUACUGAAUAUCUGCUCUGAUUAUGAGUUGAGAUUUGAUGUGCAGUAUAAUGCCAAGAAAACUGUUGUAGUAGUUUGUAGGACUAAAGCUGACAACUUUGUUAAACUAAACAUCUGGGUCACUACAUCACAGUCCAGCUCUCUGAUGAUGAUGAUCGUCAGUGUCACGCCCAGGCAAACCUUCUGGAGAGGAAACUCCAGAUGUGCUCUGAUGAGGUGAAAAUACAUGUGUUUAAAGCUUACUGUACAUCCUUGUAUGCAGCUCCUUUGUGGUGUAAAUUUAAAAAAGCUAGUAUGCAGAAGCUUAAGGUUGCUUAUAAUAACAGAGAAUUCUGAGAUCAGAAUUCUCUGAUCUGCCUGCCGCAGUUUCUAACAGAAAAACAUCGCCACUCAUUUUGACUGUGAUACAUUAACACAUGUUGCAAGUACAUAAAUGGAACAAUGCAAAUAAAACAUUUUUCUCUUUAA